UGGGUAAAUGCGAGCCGCGCGCCUGUUUGGCGAUCGCGAAGCGAAGGCGAAGGUAGCAAACAUGGAGUCUGAAAACGAGAGUGAUGUUUCUCUGUCUGGGGGAGAUUCUGACGAACAUGUAAGCGGUAGCGACGACGAGUUAAUGCUGGAUGAUGACCUAUACUCUACGGACCCAAUGCCUCUGGAACCCGCCGACCAUGCACGAGAUGUGGCUGCGGCUAACCCGCGGGAUGACAUUUUCAGGUGUCUGUGUGGAGUCUGCGACCCACAGGAGCCCGACGAGCGCCUGUGUUGCCAUUCUGUUGCCAGGGUGGUAGAAAUGUGCAACAGUGCCGCCGUGCAGUGCAUAACACAACACCCAUUACUCAGGGACAUCUGCCUCCGUAGGGAGCUUCUAGUGGUGUACGCGCCUCAAUUCUGCCGCUAUGAUCGACAUUUUAGGCGACUCAAUCCCCAGGACCACAGCUGCCUGAGGUUCACGGCAUACUCGUCAUUCACGAGAUGGGUCUGGGGAUACCUUCGUCCAAGGAACAGACGACAGGUUCCUGGAUGCGUUGUCCGAGCCAUCAGGAGGGAGCUCCCAUCUACGUCCUAUCAAGGCUAUCAGCGUUAGGACCAUCGAAGCAAGGGUGUCUUGACAAGAGAGACAAGCUGGUGCAUACUGAUGGCUGGAACUGGAGAUAUGUAGUGGCAAGACAAAAAUUUUGCUGACAUAGGCACACUUUGUGUAAAUGAGCCCUUGGUCAUCCCCCUUGCCUCCCAUCAGAGGUUUAGGAGGAUGCUAUUGG